AUGGCCGACACCGAGAAGGGCACCACUCCCAUCGAUGAGGAUAAGGAGGACUCACUCCACAAAGAACGUGCAGGGGGGACCGCCCACGAUGCAGCAGAAAGGGGACAACUGGCGACAGAUGAAAAUGGCCGGCCUUUGGUGGAAUUCGACAAGGCGGCCGAAUCGCGACUACGACUAAAAAUCGACCUCUACAUCCUCCCCACUGUCGCGGUGAUGUAUCUGUUUUGUUUCAUCGAUCGAGCUAAUAUUGGUAACGCGAAACUGGCCGGUUUCGAUAAAGACCUAGGACUGGUGAAUUAUGAUUACAAUGCCGUGCUUUCGAUUUUCUUCAUCGCAUACGUUGUUUUUGAGAUCCCGAGCAACCUCAUGUGUAAAUGGGUUGGGCCAGGAUGGUGGCUUCCGGGGAUUACAUUGGGAUUCGGUAUCUGUUCAGUUGCCACUGCCUUUGUUCAAGAUUUCAACAGCGUAGCUGGUGUCCGGUUCCUUCUGGGGGUGUUUGAGGCAGGACUCCUACCCGGAAUCGCUUACUACCUCUCACGUUGGUACCGACGGAGUGAACUUGUCUUCCAUCUGUCGUUAUUCCUCGUCAUGGCUCCGCUCGCAGGAGCAUUCGGUGGCCUCCUAGCUUCGGGGAUUCUCAAGCUCGAUCACUUCGGUUCCCUCCGCAGCUGGCGUAUGAUCUUCGCGAUAGAAGGCAUUGUCACGAUUGGACUUGCUGUCAUGGGCUUUUUCACCCUUACCGACCGACCGCAGACAGCCAAGUGGCUCACCCAGGAAGAAAAGGACCUAGCCGUUGCCCGCGUCAAAUCCGAACGUCUUGCUGCAACGGAGGUGCUUGACAAACUCGACUUAGCCAAAACAUUACGUGGCAUUUUCAGUCCUGUGACAAUCACGACGGCAUUUAUCUUCUUGUUGAACAACAUCACCGUUCAGGGUCUGGGUUUCUUUGCACCUACCAUUGUCCAGACCAUCUACCCCAACGCCACUGUGGUCUCUCAACAGUUGCACACGGUGCCUCCGUAUGUCGUCGGCGCCUUUGUCGCUGUGCUGUUCCCAUUCCUUAGCUGGCGGUUCGAUAAUCGCUUGAUCUUCUUCAUUAUUAGCCCACCGCUCAUGAUGGUUGGUUAUAUCAUGUUCCUAGCAAGCGAAGACAGCAUGGUACGGUACGGAGCCACCUUUAUUAUCGCUAGCGGAGCCUUUGCCUUCGGUUCCUUGUGCACGGCACACUCGUCAGCAAAUGUGAUCUCCGACACCGCACGAUCGUCGGCUAUUGGAACGACGGUCAUGUUUGGUAACGUUGGAGGGCUCAUCAGCACUUGGUCGUUCUUGCCGUCUGAUGGGCCCAAUUACCACAUUGGGAAUGGGCUCAACUUGGCAACUUCGACCACAACGCUCAUUCUCGGAGCCGGCCUGUGGGCUUAUAUGGCGUGGGAUAACCGGCGUCGAGCACGUCUCGAUAUCCACGGUGCCUUGGUGGGACUUUCCCUGCAGCAGAUUCAGGAUCUGGACUGGCGCAACCCCGGGUUCCGCUGGCGACCCUAG